GAAUGUAUGAUAGAAUCUCUAUGGCAGGAGUUUCAAUCUAUAUAGCACUUUAUUUGAUUUGGUCGAUAAGAUUUGUAAUUAUUUAUGACAUCUUUUUCUUAGGACUUCAAAGUAUCCAGUUAACUCUCUUGGUAAAACUAAAAAUUUUUAUAUUUUUGAAUUUUUUUUGAUAUAUAAUUGAUACUACUUGAGGAAAUUAAUUAUGUACAAUGGUUCUUGGUGUUUGAGAAUUAAAUUUUACCCUUUGAUUUUUCCCCAUUUUUUAGCCCUUUUUUGGUUUUAUGAUAGAACUCUAAAAUGGAUGUGGCACAAAAUAGCAUUGAUAUGGAGGAAGGACUUUGGAGAUGUGCAUGGGUAAAUAAUUAGUAACGUUCCAUGUUCCUGCAAGAUCCUAAUAUGUGACUCUUUUUUUCCUUGAAAUGUUAAAGUAAGUUUUGGUUAUCAAUCAAAAGCUUAGUUCUUAGUUAUGACUCUUUUUUACGAGUUUGUAGUUGAUAUGUUGUAUGCAGUGUGAAAAUGUGUUGAACUUAAUGGGAAGUAUUGAUUGAAGACAUGAGAAUUUUCUAAAAGAACUUCAUUAUGUUGUACAUUUUGUUGGAAACUUAGUUGAACUUCAUGAUUUCUAGAUAAAUUUUCUAGCAUAGGAUUGUUUGUGUGAGUGAGAGUUUUAAACUUUGAUCUUGAAUUUAAAAUCAAAAGAUUACCAAUGUAAGAUAUACUUUAUUUCUGAAUGAUUCAACGAGUAAAUAAAAUGAGAAUAUGAAA